GAGAAAGACACGGAGAGCAAAAGGAGAGGCGAAGAGAUACAGAGCAAAGAGUGAUGAGGCCAAUAAUUUGCUGAUAUUUGUGUUUGAAGCGACGAGACCGCCUCUAACAAUCCCGCAGCACUAGAGAGAUUUAGACACACACCUACACGCAUGCAAAAUGUUUCAAAAUGAUGAACUGCUGAGGAGACUGCACUAGAAUCAGCUUUCACAGGGAUUUCUGUCAAAGCACAAUAAAGAAGAAGGAUCUACUCUGGACUGUCUGAGAGUUAAAUGACCAUGAAGACUGGGAAGAAAUCAUUCAUAGCUUUUAUUAAAGAAAGGAAGAUGGGCUUAAACGACUUCAUCCAGAAGCUUGUUUCCAACCCUCCCAUUUGUCAACAUGAUGACGUUGAUUCAUUCUUAAAAAUCGAUGAAAACCAGAAUGAGGAGCUGGAACAGAAUCACCUGUGUUUGACCAAUCCCAGGAGCUCUUUGGCUGAAGAAACUCAGAUCAAACCUUCAGAUUUUGACUACUUAAAGAUCAUCGGGAAGGGUAGCUUUGGAAAGGUUCUGCUCGCGCGGCACAAGGAAAGCGAACAGUACUAUGCUGUGAAGGUGCUACAGAAGAAAAUCAUUCUGAAAAAGAAAGAGCAAAAGCACAUCAUGGCGGAAAGGAGCGUAUUAAUGAAAAAUAUCAAACAUCCGUUCCUGGUUGGGCUGCACUACUCUUUCCAAACCACAGACAAACUGUACUUUGUGCUAGACUACGUCAAUGGAGGCGAGCUGUUCUACCACCUCCAGCGCGAGAGGGUGUUUCUGGAGCCCAGGGCAAGGUUUUACGCAGCUGAGAUAGCGAGUGCUCUCGGUUACCUCCACUCACUGCACAUAGUUUACAGAGACUUAAAGCCGGAGAACAUCCUCUUGGACUGUCAGGGCCACAUUGUGCUGACAGAUUUCGGUCUGUGCAAAGAAGGACUGGAAUCAAAUGGCACAACUACAACGUUCUGUGGAACUCCUGAGUACUUGGCACCUGAGGUCCUCCAGAAACAGGCGUAUGAUCGUACAGUAGACUGGUGGUGCCUGGGAUCAGUACUGUUUGAGAUGCUGUAUGGACUGCCUCCAUUCUACAGUCGCAACACUGCCGAGAUGUACAACAACAUCCUUCACAAGCCUCUAGUCCUGAAGCCUAACGUGUCCAAUUCUGGCCGUGACCUGCUGGAGGGUUUGCUGCAGAAGGACCGUACCAAGAGACUGGGGUCCAAAGAUGAUUUUCUGGAGAUGAAGUUCCACAGCUUCUUCUCUCCCAUCAACUGGGAUGACCUCAUGGCCAAAAAGAUCAUCCCUCCUUUCAUUCCUUCAGUGAGUGGUCCCACUGACCUUCGGCACUUUGACCCAGAGUUCACACACUUACCCGUGUCGAGCUCCCUAUGCAACACUGAUAACCUGCACAUGACCAGCAGCGUACGGGAGGCCGCUGGAGCGUUCCCAGGUUUUUCUUAUGGUCCACCGGCCGACCAUGCCUUCCAGUAACAGCCUCUGUGACACCAUCCAGAAUGUCCAUUCCAGCAUCGGGACAGAAGAAGGACCACAGGGUGGGACACUUAGCUCUUCCAGUUUAUUCGCAAGUACGACCUGGCAGCACAAAGGGACGUUGAUACAACCCGGAUACUCGUGCAUGCCCAGGAGGAACAUGGGACGUUACAGUAACAACUUCCAGAAAACAUGACAUGUGUGCCAAUGGUUGCAAAGAGGACCUGAGCUCCUAGAGAGAGAGAGAGAGAGAGAGCUUAGAAGUGCCUGAGAGUUUAACUGAUGAUCUGUGAGACGAGGGAAACGGGCAAAUUGGCCGUGGCUUGCCGAAGAUGAUGGCACCAGCUACCGGGCAAAAUGCCUUCUUCUCUGAUCUUUUACAUUUGAUCAAAUUGUCUUUGGAUGAUGUUUUAUUUAAUUGCAUUUUUCAUGCAUCGUUGCACAGUGGAGGUAAAGGAUCAAGAAAUGUACAAAAUAUAUGGAUGGCAUACACCAACCACUACCAGUACAAGAGGAUACACAGGCUGUACGGCUCAAAUAUCAAUACAUUUUUAAUGAGUACACUUAUGAUUGACAAAUGUUCAUUUAAAACCUGCAAUAUUUAUAAUACUGCAUUAUUUUAGUGCGUAACUCUGGUCCUGUUCAGAUUUUAUAUUAGAAGGGAAAUUAGUUUAGAUUACGAAGCGUCAGAUUGAUCCUGUGUUCCUCCUAAAAUGUAUAUUUUGUCUUACAAGCACUUUCUUUCCUUUUUUCUCCAAUACCAGCAUUUUACACAACAUGCCAGACACUGUUUCUUGGGAAGGCAUACAUCGCAUUCAUUUAUCAUACAUUGAGUGAGAUGGAUGUAUGUUUUAAACAUCCAUUUAUCAUCACAACCUGAAGCGAUCGCUGUUUACUGUCGAGCAUGUCGAUUAGAUUGUAUUGAAAGCACCUGCAUCAUGUUAUAUGUAUUUAUAUGUACUAGCCCAAAAGGAACUGUCUUUUUGUUGUUGUUGCUGUUGUUAAAAUUGUGCCUGUUCAGCUCAUUUAUGUAUGUUGUGAUGCAUUUCCAUGUGUGUCUAUCAUUCCUGUCAGCAUCGUUCUGGGUUGGACAGGGACAUGGAAUGCUGUGCAAUAGAAAUGGUGACUUGAAAGAGAUGUGAACAAUUUGUCAUGCAAGGCGUUGUUGAGACGACUGAGUGGCAUCGACUUAAUGAAGAAGAGGGGUUUGGAUGCCCUCAUGAAACGCAUCCCUAUUUUAAUUGUAAUGUAUUUCAUAUCAUUGGACCAGUUAUGUGCUAUACAAUAUUUUUUUAGAUGACUACAAACAUGGCAAUAUUGAUGAUGUUUAUUUUCUUCCAUUUUUGGAAGUUAUUCAUAUAUUGUUUUAUAUUUUUUCCAUGUAUAUUUAUUUACAUGUCACAUAUUUUACCUCUAAUGAUCAGAGUAUUAAAAUUCUUAGAUUGAUGAAAUAUUGAAGAAUGAUCUAUUUGAAUGCAAAAUAAAUAAUUGAAAAAUGAA